GGUUAGUUGCAUUCUAUAAGUUGUCAAAUGUCAUAAAAACACCAACUUUUGUAAGAAAAAUAAUUUAUUUCUGAUUUAAAAAAGUACACAAUUCUCGAUUAUCAACAAUGGUUAAUGUAAUGAAAGGCGUUUUGGUGACCUGUGACCAGGCCAUGAAACAAUUCCUUUUGUAUUUAGAUGAGACUACAAAACUAGGCCGAAAAUUCAUAAUUCAGGACUUGGAUGAAAACCACUUAUUUAUUUCAGCCGAUAUUUUAGAGACAUUACAGGCAAAAAUCGACGAUCUGAUGGACCAAAUUAGCUUCCCAGUCGCCGAAAAAAGCAAUUAAUUUUUUGUAAUUUGCAAAAGUGAGGUUAUGUCAUAUUGAUGUGUGGUCAUUCGAAUUAUAAAUAAAAAGCGCAGCAUUUAUAUAA